AUGCUUUCAAAUAUUCUAACUUCUGGAAAAUAAACAAGAAACUAAAUAAAUGAUUUAUUUUCAAAGUAAAUCGAAAUAGUAGAAAAGUAAGUUGAAUAAAAAUCCAAAAAUGUUGUUGAAAUAGACCAUCACAAUUAAUAAGAUUCGAAUUAAAACUAAGAAGAUAAAGAAUAAAUAGAUUUAGAUAGAAUAAAAAGAACAUUAUUUGUCGGAAAUGUAAGCAUCAAUGCUAAAAAAAAUGAUAUAAGAAAAUUAUUUAAUUAAUAUGGCGAGGUAUAAAUAAUAAUUUAUAAUUAUUAUAGAUUGAAAAAGUAUGGUUUAGAUCAAUACCUGUUGAUAGAGCAACUAAAAAGGAAAAUAUUAAAUUACCAGUUAGAGCUGCUGUAUUAAUGGGUAAGAUCUAAGAAGGAGCAUAAUCUUAGAAUUGUUAUAUAUUAUUUAAAGAUGCUAAAUCAGCAAAAUCUGCAACUCAAUAAGAUGGUUAAUUAUUUAUGAAUCUACAUUUAAGAUGCACAUUAGAAGGAUAAAAAAAAGUAAUUAAUUAUUAAUCUAAUUAUUAGAAAGAUCAUAUAAAAACAGCAUUUGUUGGAAAUCUCCCAUUUGAUAUUGAAGAAGAAGAAGUCAGAUAAGUAUUUGAAGAAGCAUUUGGAUAAAUUAAUUAUGUUAGAGUAAUUAAAGAUCCUUAAAGACAUGUUGGAAAAGGUUUUGGAUAUGUGUGUUUUAAUGAGUUUUUAUCUUUAAAAAAAGCACUUUAAGCUUAAACUAUAGAAAUUAAAGGAAGAGAAGUAAGAAUUAAAAAAGCAGCUGAAACAACAAAAAGAGAAGCAAAAGAAUUGAAUAAUUCAAAAAAUGCUUUUAAAAGGAUUCAAAAAAAAUAAUAAAUAUCAUCAAAAGGAAAAAGGUCAAGAAAUAAUUCAUAAAACUAAGAUUAAACUUAAAAUAAACAAGAAAAAUAAUAGUUUCGUGUUUAAAUACAUAAAAAGAUUAAGAAAAUGAAAAAAAAAAGAGUAAAAUAUUUAUAUAUAGUUAUAGUAUAAUCCAAAGGAAAUUAAGGAAUAAAUUAGUAAUAUUAAGUAAUCUAGAAAAUCACAAAUUAACGAUACUAAUAUUUUCAAUUAGUAUUGA